CCACCCACCCAAAUUCCCCACCACUUCUUUCAAUAAUCCCAACUUCAAUUUUCUUGAACAUCAUCUUCCUAGCCCAUUUUCAACAUUACAUUCUUCAUCAUGGCAACUCAAGCCGGCCUCUUUACCCCCACAAUCGCUACCCCGAAAACAAGCAAGCUUCCACUGAUCCCAUGGAAACCGGCCUCAUCAUUUUCAUUCAGCACUCCCAAACCUCUCACUCUGUCCGCAUCUAAGAGAACCAUCAGAGCCGCAGCCGCAGAAGGAGCCCCAGCAGCACCCACAAAGGAGGCUCCGGUGGGAUUCACCCCACCGGAACUGGACCCAAACACCCCAUCUCCGAUCUUUGGAGGAAGUACAGGAGGGUUGUUGAGAAAGGCCCAAGUUGAAGAAUUCUAUGUUAUCACAUGGGAAUCACCAAAAGAACAAAUCUUUGAGAUGCCCACCGGAGGAGCGGCGAUAAUGAGAGAAGGACCGAACUUGUUAAAGUUGGCGAGGAAAGAACAGUGCUUGGCUCUUGGGACGAGAUUGAGAUCCAAGUAUAAGAUCAAGUACCAGUUUUACAGGGUGUUCCCGAAUGGUGAGGUGCAAUAUCUCCACCCGAAAGAUGGAGUUUAUCCGGAGAAGGUGAACCCUGGACGUCAAGGGGUGGGGCUAAAUUACAGAUCGAUUGGGAAGAAUGUCAGCCCCAUUGAGGUUAAGUUUACUGGAAAACAAGUUUAUGAUUUGUGAGAAUUCAGAGAAUGGUUAUUGAGAUUGUGAUGUAAUGUUGUUUAUUUGAUUGUAGAGUGCCCUGCUAUUUUCAGCGUUACCUUUAUGAGAUUUUAUAAUCAUAUGUGUUGGAAACA